GCCCAAUAAAAAACUAGUUAUUUGAAAAGCCCAUUAAUACAGAAACGCAGGCUCCCCCAUUUAUCAGUCGAAAAUCUGACCGUUUCGUUCAAAUUUUGAAACCCCAAACAAAAAUCUUUCCUUUGGUCAUCUCCUUCAGCAGGCCUCCGAUCUGGCUGACAAAAAACGCCGAACACAAAAAAUUCUAAACCAAGAAUCAUCAUCCAAAAUCCAAGAAACCAAAAGGGUUCAUCAAUUAAGGAAUCAAUAGCCAUGAAAUCUCUGGUUUUGACCCCGAAUUCCUCCACAAAAUCCUCCGCCUCCACCACCACGGCGACUUCCUCCGCCGCCAGUGUGGAAUCUCAAUCCGAAACCAGAGACAGUUUUUACUUUCCGGGUUGUAGAAAAGACGCUAAUUGCAACUGCGAAAUGUGCAUAGAGAGCAUGAAUGCCACCCUCGAUCUCAUGCCCCAAAGCGGUUUUAGUUCUCUGACUAAAUUCUCUGUUUCGAAACCUGUUCUUACAAGAAGCCCUGUCAAAUUCAACCCUUCAUUGCUUUCGACCCCGAUUCCGGAAUCAAAAAAUCAAGCCCAUAAGAUGUCGCCGCCGCUUGAUUCCAAAGCAAGAUUGAGUUUCCAGAAAAGGGUUGAUAAAAGGAAGAGAGAAUUCCGAUUUGGGGUUUCUGUGAUGAGGUUUUUCCUAGCUGUUUGCUUGAUUUUAGCGGCGGAAUUUGGGUUUUCUUGGGUGGUUUCUGGGGUUUUUCAACCUCAGUUGUCCAAGGAUAUUGUGAGGAAUCUAGCUGAGAAAUCAAGGGUUUUGGGAAGCGUGAAUGAAAGGGUAUCUUUCUUGAACCAAGAAUUAUGGAGUCAUGUUGAUGAAGCUACAUCAGAUUGUCCUGCAUCUGAGUGGAAAAUUGUUCAGACAGCUGGAUUGCUCACAGCGGAAUUUUCUUCAAGGUUAUUCACCAUCUUAUCAGGAAGAGUCACUGAGUGGACAAAUGGUGAGGUCGGUUAUCUGAUUCGGGAGAGCAAUAGUUCAUGGGUGCAAGGAAAAUGGAGUGCAUCUGCAGUUCAAUUUGAUCCAGAUACAUGGAUUUUGGAAUACAAACAGAGUCCCAUGUUGGAGAAUGCAAGAUUGGUUUCAGCUACAUUUGAAUUCCUGAAAUUUAGACUAGUCAGGGAACUCAAACAUCUGCAGCAGGAGUUCUGGCUACUCUUUGCUUUUGGCAACCAGUUCAGUGAUUUAAUUGGGACUACCUCCAAUGUUCCUACAUAG